AAGCAUGCUUUCUCGACACCUUUUUGCCAUGAAAUUAAGACACAGACAUAGCCUUGCUUGCCAUCUCUAGCUCUAAAAUAAGAAAACACCAUAAUCUCCGUUUUCCUCCAAAUGUCACGACUACGAUUCAGUCUUUCUCUUUAAGGUCGUCAAGGGUUACCACAGAAAUAUGACGUCUACAGCUCCUUGGUCAGAACGAGGCGAAUUGACGUCAAUGCACGUCUGUCAUUGGUCCUGAUCUGUUUCCGGUGUGGCAGCCAUUCAAGGACUGGGGAAAGAGAAGCGAAGAAUUUGAGGUAACGGUAGUCAGUGUCUGAUAGGAAAUUAUUUUUUAAGAAAGCACAGCAGGGAAAGUAUAGUUCACCCUGAUCUGCUCAGAAGGUUACCAUGGCAUCCAGCAGCACCAGCAGUGAGGAGGAGAGGAGCCUUCGGGAGUGCGAGCUGUACGUGCAGAAGCACAACGUGCAGCAGCUGCUGAAGGACUGCAUCGUGCAGCUGUGCACCUCACGGCCCGACCGGCCCAUGGCCUUCCUCCGAGAGUACUUCGAGAGGCUGGAGAAGGAGGAGGCCAAACAGAUUCUCAUCCAGCAGAAGUCCAACUCUCGCUCAGACUCGCGCGAGGACGAGGUCUCCCCUCCCAUGAAUCCGGUGGUGAAGGGCCGGAGACGACGUGGCGCUAUCAGUGCAGAGGUCUACACGGAGGAGGAUGCUGCCUCCUACGUCAGAAAGGUUAUUCCCAAAGACUACAAAACAAUGGCUGCUCUGGCUAAAGCAAUUGAAAGGAAUGUUCUGUUUUCUCAUUUGGAUGACAAUGAGAGAAGUGAUAUCUUCGAUGCUAUGUUCCCUGUCACCUACAUUGCUGGAGAAACUGUCAUUCAACAAGGUGACGAAGGGGAUAACUUCUAUGUCAUUGACCAGGGGGAAAUGGAUGUUCAUGUCAACAAUGAGUGGGUCACUAAUAUUGGGGAGGGGGGCAGCUUUGGGGAGCUGGCCCUCAUCUAUGGCACCCCCAGAGCAGCGACUGUGAGAGCCAAGACCAAUGUCAAGCUGUGGGGCAUCGACAGAGACAGCUACAGGAGAAUACUGAUGGGAAGCACUUUAAGAAAGAGGAAGAUGUAUGAAGAAUUCCUAAGCAAAGUAUCAAUUUUAGAAUCACUGGAUAAGUGGGAACGCUUGACUGUGGCCGAUGCCUUGGAACCAGUUCAGUUUGAGGAUGGACAGAAAAUUGUUGUUCAGGGGGAGCCAGGCGACGAAUUCUUCAUCAUCCUUGAGGGUUGUGCAGCCGUGUUGCAGCGCAGGUCAGAGAACGAGGAGUUUGUGGAAGUUGGUCGGCUGGGACCCUCGGACUACUUUGGUGAAAUAGCCCUGUUAAUGAAUCGCCCUCGAGCCGCCACCGUGGUGGCUCGUGGACCCUUGAAGUGCGUGAAGCUGGACCGUCCUCGAUUCGAACGCGUCCUGGGUCCUUGUUCAGACAUUCUGAAAAGAAACAUCCAGCAGUACAACAGCUUUGUAUCAUUGUCUGUGUGAGUGUUUCCCAACCGUUCCCGUAAUGCAGGGUCCACCAAUGCAAUCUGCGUUGUCACCAUUUUCUUGUUUUUAUUGGCUUUUAUUUUCAGGUUUUUCCCAAUAUCCCGCAGCCCUCCAAAAUCACUGCUUUGUCUGUCUGUUAAUAUGUUAAUAUAUACCCAGUGCAGAAUUUUACAUUUAUUUGCUAUGACUAUGCUUCCACAUGGCAGAAUGUCUGGCAUUUUUCUUUAGCAGGAACAGCUGUGGUUCCCUCUUUCACCUCGUGCAGGUGAGGGUAGUUUGAAUUGCUUUGAAAGGGUAAUACUACUGUAAGAAGCUGUUCUAGAACAGGUAGAAAUUGGAGAGAAGUUUUAAAAUUUGUUCAGUGUUUUGAGGCUUCAAAGACCUUUUUAAGGCAUUUGAAUUUGUAUUGUUAUUCAGUAUUUUGAGAUUUGGCAUCUGUAGCUUAAAGAAAGUAAGACGCUGCCAUUUUGUUUCCUAAUAGUUUAUUUCAAGGGUACUAGGAAGUGCACCAUUACAACCAUGGUGACCUAUUUUUUCUUUUUCUAUUAAAUGGUUAAACAUACACUCCGUGAACAAUAUUUUAGGUAUUUAUUAGACUCAGUUUCUGAGAUACUCAAACAGCCUGUCUGGCACCAACAAUCAUUCCAUGGUCAAAGUCACUUGGAUCACAUUUCUUCCCCCAUUGUGACAUUUGGUCUGAACAACAGCUUGAACCUGUUGACCACAUGUUUUAGUUGUUGCCACAUGAUUGACUGAUUAAAUAUUUGCAUUACCCAGCUGGUGUACGGGUCUACCUAAUGAAUUGCUCACUGAGUGUAUAUUAGUCAAUUAAAUUAUGAAGCGGUAUAUGUUUUGCACAGUUCCAGUGGUAUACAAAUAUGAUCAACAAUGUUUAUAUGCGCCUGCUACUCUUCAGUGCUGCAAUGUGCCCCCGUAAUGUAAGGAGGUUGAUGUCAUCAUCCCUACAGACUGCUCUUUAAAACAUCCCUUUCCCUUCUGUAGUAUCCUGUGUUUUGGUAUUCCUUUAUAGCUUGUCACAAAGUUUAUUUCCUGUUACCAAAUUUCUUAGCAAGGAAGGGUGUGUCUGAGUAUCAUCUCCACUGUGGUUUUCUGCUUUCUGACUCAAGAGUUCAGUACCGAGUUCUGAAAUACAGUUACCAAGCUAGUGCCAAAUAUUUCAUGAUGGCUUCUAGCGACACCAUUAGCCUGAAUAGCCUGGAUAGUAUACAUUUGCACCCUUAAUGUACUGUAAAGUGCGUUUAUAAUGUUUGUGUCAGUGAAUUGAGCUGGUUUAAUGAAGUCCACAAUUUAAGUAUGAGGAAAUGACUUGUGCUUCUUCUAAAGUCAUGGAUGAAGGUAACGCAAAACCUCAGGUGCUGCAGAUGAUGUAAGAACCUUCACUUCUAUAACCGAACUGUCAAAUACUGCUUUGACCCAACAUCAGUUGCAAAAAAACUGCCUGGUGGUACAUGAUGUGAGUGAACGUGCUAGCGUAUGGACAGCAAGGAGUUUUUCCAUUUCAUUCUGUUACCUGAAAGAAAAUGUAUUGAGUCUUAAGUGUAUUUCAGUAUUUACCAGUUUUGUUACAUCUCAGUAUGCAACAAGUGACAAUAAGAAUUUUUUACAACAAAUUCCACCAUUCUUUAAUGUAUUGUAACCAUGAAUUCCUUAUCAUUGUUAUUAUGACUAUAUUUUGAUGUAGAGUGAACAAGUAGAACUAUGGUGACGGAUGGGAGUGACAAGGCUCCAAGCAGGUAGUGUACAGUUAAAUAUUUUGUAAAUGCUUAUUUUUCCAUAAAUUACAGGUUGCCCAGUGCCAUGACUUAUAUAACCUAUGUUAUAUUAUCUGCAAACAAAUGAAAGAGUAUGUAGAUUUGUGUAUAACUGUCAUAAAUUAAUAUUUUGUCUGUGUGUAAAAUACACACGUAUACAUGAUUGACUGAUUUUAUUGAACAUAAGUUAUACAGAAGUAUUCAGAUUAUUUUGUAAUAAAACAUCACAAAUGCUUAGAAGUCAGAACAGAGGUUUAUUAUUCAUAUUGCAAAAACAUACUUCCCACUAAACAAGGGUGUGUGGUAAUUCUGAUAAAGUGGACAUUGUUACAUAUCUCAACUGUUUCUUCUCUGAGAACAGAGAUGAAGUGUUAAAAUUUGGGAAUUAUUGGGAACGGUUCACUGCCAUCAUCUGUAAUAUGUUUGGAAGAUAAUUUAUUUCAAAUUAUUUAUGAAUUAAAGACUUAAUUACUGAUAAUUUCUUCACAAAUAUUAAUUGUAACCUUUAGGAAGGUACAUAUAAGCAGGCCAUGUAAUUUUGCAUUACAGCACUCGCUAGUUUUGAAUGAUCACUUCAUUCAAGUUAAUGUUCAAUGGAUGGACAAACUGCUUUUCUUGGUAUAUUGUUUUUGAGAGCAACUUCAUUUAACUGAGAUGUUUAUCCAAGAACUUCAACAACAUGGAUGGAUACUAUCUAUAUAUAAAUACUGUACAUGCAGUACUGAAAACACCAGCAGUGUGUUUGCAGAAUUAUGAUUUAAUUUGCUAAAAUGGCAGAAGUAGUACUUGGCUGAUUUACUGUGGUUGUGAACGCACAGUUGGAACACUGGUUUUCUCCGAUAAGUUCAGGUUGUUUGCCGAACUGAACAUAUGAAGGAAAUGUAUUUGUUUUGGUUCUCUUUUUAUAUUUACGCCCUGUACCUUUGGCUUCCCUUCCUUUUUAUGCUAAAAAACACAUUUUCUUGAUGAAGCGGCCAGUACGUUUGAGUUGAAUAUUAAUCACAUUUACAGCUUUAUAAGUCUGUGCAAUCCGAGUAUGUAUGUAUGUGUGUGUGUGUAUGUCUGUAAGUAUGUAUGUACAAGGGGAAAAGUCAACAUAGUUUGCCUUAGCUUAUGUAACCAGGAUGUAGAAACUCCUGCUUGCCCGACCUUCAGCAAGUUUGUGAAGCCUGCAGUCAUGAGCUGUUGGCUGUCAGAGGACCAUUUUUCUAAUGUUAUCCAAUGACUGUAUACGGUUUGAUUUACUCUAUGUGCUAAAACUAUUAUCCUUUUGCUAUAGAUUGUCCUAAUGGCAGGUCAAGCAAUAAAAGAUUGAAUUCUUAAA